AUGGGUUGUCCCGUUCCUGAAAGGCAAAGAUUUCACAAUCCCCGACAGCUGGAGCUUCAGCCUGUACCACCGCAGGACGACGGCACGAUAAUGGUCAAGGUUGCAUCCCAGGAUGCCAUCUCAACACCUAUUGCUACGUCGACGCCCAUUACUACGACUGCGACAUCCACGCCCAACUCAACGCCCUCAUCCAGUGCCCCUUCUACUGCAACAUCAGCUGCCCGACGGAACCCAGUCUACGGUGUUGUAGAAACGAAGAUGGAAAACUACACUCAUAUUAACAAACCCCUUGCAUUCCCGUCAGCUCGAGGUCCGCAAGCAGUGUUGGACGAUCGAACACCAGUGGUCAAGUAUUCUCCAACCACUCCUCGUCUUGACAGCAACAACAGACCUCAGCUGCGAAGACCUCACAUCGCGACAACCGAUGUGCCCAUGGAGAUGGAUGUGGCCCAGACGAGCAUCAGUGCCAGCCUUGGGGACAAGUAUGCCCAGGUCGCGCUUGGCGACAUGUACAGGGAUGGCAAGGGGGUUCCGCAUGACUAUCAGGCCGCCAUGGAUUGGUGCCUCAAGGCUGCCGAACAAGGAUAUGCUGUCGCUCGUCAAAAUGUCGGAGUUCUCUACAACCACGGCCAAGGUGUGCUCCAAGACUACGCACAGGCAAUGGAAUGGUACCUCAAGGCCGCUCAGCAAGGAUAUACUGCAGCGCAAUACGACAUCGGCGUACUUUAUAACAACGGCCAAGGUGUUACCCAGGAUUAUACAAAGGCCACGGGGUGGUUCUUAAAGGUUGCCGACUGGGGACACAAGGGUGCUAAGUGA